GGUAGUUUGCGAAUGGACUGUAGAUAAGCAGAGAUUGUGAGGUAGUUAAACUUGGCAUUUGAUUCGUUGGAAGAAGUUAAAGUCUGUAUCUGGAAAAGUGCUUUGCUUUUGGAAAGUAUCCCAAAUAUUGUACGAAGUUGGAUUCCUAUCUUGGAAGCGCUCUGCGUUCCCAACGUUCCGAAACGCUGUAAAGCGCCUACUCACACUGUUACUUCGCUAAAUAUACUAUGUACCACAGUAUCAUCCCCCUGCCAUAACGUCCUUUUCUUUCGUUUGUUUAACCUCACAUAACAGCUUGAUUCCCUCGAAACGAAGUCUGAGUAUGACAGCAUGGCCAUGGGACAUUGAGCAAGUGGAAGGCGACCAGCGAAUGCUCAAGAAACAGCCCAUACCCUCCUCAGUAAGGCCCGAUCCGCCUCUGCACCAGCCCCUCUCACUCUGUAUCCCAUGGAAGCAGCUCAUCACUGCAUCGCCCCUCGCCACGAUGCCAAUCAAGGCCAUCCUAAGCUGAACGGAGGGCAUGAGAAAAAAAUCAACAAGCACAACAGAUCCACCAUCCAGAAACCCUCGCCUGCCCUUCAACCCUAUUGCCAUUUUUAAAGUCGUCAAGAAAGCUCCUCGCAAGAUCGCAGCCAAGGGAGACAGGGUAGCAUUUACCGUGGUAACCGUUGCUGUCCCCGUCGAAGAUGGUAUGGCAGUGAGCGUUAAUGUCAAUAGUAUUAUCGGCGAUGUCCUCGUCACAUGCACUGUUAAUGUUGUCGCUGUUGCCACAGGCAGUGCAGCAGAUAACAUCGUUGCAGGUGUAUGCACUGUCGGUGUCACCGUUAUUGUUGUCAAUGGCUGCACAGCAGGUAUCAUUGUCGCAGGCGCAUGCAGUGUUGAUGUUGUUAGUGUUGUUGUCAAAGGCAUUUCAGUAGAUGCCAUCGUUAUAGGAUCAUGCACAGUUGAUGUCGUCGUUGCUGUUGUUAAAAGCACUGCAGCAGAUGUCAUCGUUGUGAGCGCAUGCCCCGUUGAUGUUGCCUUUGAUGUUGUCGGAGGCUGUUCAGCACUGCAGAUGUCAUCGUCGUAAGCAUGGGUAGUGGUAUUAGCGGUGUCACCACUGUCG